CGUGUUCGAGGCACUCGUAUAAACACCUCAAAGUCACUGGAAUACAGUCUCAAUUUGAAUUACAAUGGAGGAGAGACCUGCCUCAACAGCACCAUCAGCAGCAGCUGCAGCUGCAGCAGAUGAAGAACCAAAAGCCCCUCUCUUCCCUCUCUUUCCUGCCUCAGACGCCUCUCGCUCUCAGCGAAGCACAGCAACCGUCUCCACCGUUCCUCAAUGGCUCUGCAACUCCAGCUUCACGGCAGACCUCUCCAUCAUCAACCACGCCGUUUCUAACCUGCCAGAAACACACUCAGAGGAGGAAGAAGAAGAAUACGACAAACUACAAGAGAAACAACCCGAAUCUAAGCCCUCGCCUUCCUACGAGUAUCUCGAAUCUUCCCCCGAGUCUGACCGCGACAGAAGAAAGGCAAGCGAGAACAAGGAGAAGAAGAAGAAGAAGAAGCGGAAGAGGAAGAGGUCCAAAGAGAGAGGAGGAGGACUGGACGAUUACCGUGCCAGAAAGUCCGAUGUUCGAGCCUGGGCGGGAUCCGAAACCAAUCCUUCCAAAGAUUAUUACUUCGAUUCACGCGGGGAUCCCGAUAAUUUGGCUUUCGGCGGUCUUUACAGAAUGGAUAUUGCUCGCUACAAACCUUCGAAGCUAUCUGGGCUUGAUUUUCAAAUUUCGUACCGAUGGAAACGGAAGGUUUCAAUGUUGGAUAGAGACGGUGAUGUUGAUUCAUUGGAUAGUAAACUAGUAUCUGCUGGUCGUUAUUGGUCUGCAAAGUACACAGCUUUGGAGCGCCAUAAGAACUUAAAGCGCAUUCGUCUUCUUGCACCCCAAAAGUCCACAGCGGAUGAGUUCAUUCCUUUAUCAGACAUUCAGACGUAUGAUGAAGGUCUUGAUGGUAGUUCUGUCUCAGGAACUUCAAUAAUUGAAGAAUCUUGGGAAGAUGAAGUUCUACGCAAAACGCGGGAAUUCAAUAAACAGACAAGGGAGCACCCACACAAUGAAAAGGUCUGGUUGGCUUUCGCUGAGUUCCAGGACAGGGUUGCAGCUAUGCAACCCCAGAAGGGUGCUCGCUUGCAGACACUUGAAAAGAAGAUUAGCAUAUUGGAGAAGGCAGCUGAGCUUAACCCAGACAAUGAAGAUUUGUUGCUUUGUCUUCUGGAGGCUUAUCAGAGUAGAGACAGCACUGAUGUCUUGAUUGUUAGAUGGGAAAAGAUACUCAUAGAGCAUCCAGGGAAUUACAAGUUGUGGAGGGAGUUCCUGCAUGUCGUUCAAGGGGAGUUCUCCAGAUUCAAGGUUUCAGACAUAAGAAAAAUGUAUGCACAUGCAAUCCAGGCUCUAUCUACUGCGCGCAGCAAGCACUUUAGGCAGGUUCACCAAUCUGCAGAGAAGCUUUCUCCAGAUGCUGCAACCGUUCAGAUAGAACUUGGUCUUGUUGAUAUAUUCCUCAGUCUUUGCAGGUUUGAGUGGCAGGCUGGCUACCUGGAGUUGUCUACUGCUUUAUUUCAGGCUGAAAUCGAGUUUAGUUUGUUUUCUCCUUCUUUACUCCUGACUGAGCAGAGUAAAAGGAGACUGUUUGAGCACUUUUGGAAUAGUGAUGGUGCCAGAGUUGGAGAAGAUGGGGCCCUUGGUUGGUCAACAUGGUUAGAAAAAGAGGAGGAGAAUAGGCAAAAAAUUGUCAAAGAGGUCUCAUCUGAUGAUGAAAAAGGUGGUUGGACAGGUUGGUUGGAGCCUCUAUCCAAAGAUAAGGAUAGUUCUGUAAAUUUAGGAGAUGCAGCCAAUAAUGGCUUGGCUGAUGAGGAGCUUCAAGAGGAAUUUGAGAAUGAAGAUAUCGAGCAGGAGGAUGAAACUGAAGCUUUGCUCAAGAAACUAGGCAUUGAUGUUGAAGCUGAGGCUAGUUGUGAGGUUAAAGACACUUCAACUUGGACUAGAUGGUCAGAAGAAGAGUCAUCAAGGGACUGUGAUCAAUGGAUGCCUGUUCGUGGGAAGUCUGGCUAUCAUAGUGAUGGGACACCUGAUAGAGAAGUAGAUGAGCAACUUUUGAGAGUUAUAUUGUAUGAAGACGUCAGUGAGUACUUGUUUUCAUUAAGCUCAGGAGAGGCUCGCUUAUCUCUAGUAUACCAAUUCAUUGAUUUCUUUGGUGGGAAGAUAUCUCAAUACAUUUGCACAAACAGUUCUAGUUGGACUGACAAAAUCCUCAGCUUAGAGGCAUUGCCAAAUUCGAUGUUACAGCCUUUGAGAUGGGUUCAGGAUGCUUUAACCAAAACAGAGAGCGGUUUGAAUAGUUUCAGUUUGGAAGUGCUUUUGGGCAGCUCCAAUGAGAUCCCUAGGACCGACAAGAUGAAAUUUCUUCGCAAUGCUACUUUACUUUGUUUAAAUGUUUUUCCACGUAAUUACAUCCUGGAAGAAGCUGCAUUAGUUGCUGAAGAGCUAUCUGUUACAAAAAUGAAUUCUUGUAGCAGUUCAGAUACCCCGUGUCGAACCCUGGCGAAGGGUCUGUUAAAAAGUGAUCGACAGGAUGUAUUGCUAUGUGGAGUUUACGCACGAAGAGAGGCUGUUUAUGGGAAUAUUGAUCAUGCGAGAAGAGUGUUUGACAUGGCACUGUCAUUAAUUGAAGGGCUUCCAGUGGAACUACGGUCUAGUGCUCCUCUUCUUUAUCUUUGGUAUGCUGAGGCAGAGCUUGCCAAUAGUGGUGACUCAUCAUUUCGUGCGCUGCACAUUUUGUCUUGCUUAGGAAGUGGUGCAACAUACAGUCCCUUUAAAGGACAACCAUCAAGUUUGCAACUUCUGAAAGCACGCCAAGGGUUUAAAGAUAAAAUAAGAAUGAUAAGAUCUGCUUGGGCACGUGGUCUUGUAGAUGAUCCGUCCAUUGCUCUCAUAUGUUCAGCAGCUUCAUUUGAGGAGUUGACCUCUGGAUGGGCUGUUGGUAUUGAAGUGUUAGACCAAGCUUUUGCAAUCGUGCUUCCAGAAAGAAGAAGCCACAGUUAUCAGCUUGAAUAUUUGUUCAACUUUUAUGUGAGGAUGCUUCAGAGACAUCAAGAGCAAUCAAGCUUAUCAAAAGUCUGGGAGUCGAUCUCUCGGGGGCUGCAAAUAUAUCCUUUCAGCCCAGAACUUUUUGGAGCUUUGGUGGAGAUUGGCCUUAUUUACACAACAUCCAAUAAGCUACGGUUGAUGUUUGACAACUUCUGUCACAAGAAACCGUCGGUGAUUGUUUGGAUUUUUGCUCUGUUGUUUGAGAUGAGUAGAGGAAGUUCCCAGCAUCGGAUCCAUGGUUUGUUUGAAAGGGCACUGGCAAAUGAUAACUUGCGUAACUCAGUUGUACUGUGGCGUUGCUAUAUUGCAUAUGAGAUUGAUAUUGCCUGCAACCCUUCUGCUGCCAGGCGAAUUUUCUUCCGAGCUAUCCAUGCCUGCCCAUGGUCUAAAAGGCUAUGGCUCGAUGGUUUUCUCAAGUUGAACAGCAUUUUAACUGCAAAAGAGCUAUCAGAUCUCCAAGAAGUCAUGCGGGAUAAGGAAUUGAAUCUGAGGACUGACAUUUAUGAGAUCCUUUUGCAAGAUGAGCCCGUACAAUGACAUGGAUCAGCCUUGUAACAGGAGCAAAUGAAAUGAAAUGGAAAAAGAAAAUUGUAUGGAUUCAAGAUGUGCAAUUAUGGAUUUUCCAUGAUCAAUUUUCAGAAUGCCUUUGAAAAUUA